GUUUCGGCUUCCUGCGCGGUGUCCGCUCGCCGUCCGUCUCCGUCAGUGUACAUCGGCUCACCAUGGCGGAAGGACGCAGAGAGCAGCCGCCUCAUCCUCCUCUCUCCUUACCACCAGCCAGCAAGCGACCCUGCCUCCGCCCCGCACCCAGAGGUCCCGGGCCGGGGCCGGGGCACGGCAGCGGGUCGCCCGGCUCCCGGUAUCGCUCCCCGGAGUCUCUCCUGGACUGCGCCGCUAAAGCGGUAGCGGAAAAGUGGGCCUUUGAGAGAGUGGAGGAGCGCUUCGAGCGGAUCCCGGAGCCCGUCCAGCGCCGUAUCGUCUACUGGUCUUUCCCACGCAACGAAAAGGAGAUAUGCAUGUACUCUUCGUUUCAGUGCAGGGCGGCCGGCGAGGAAGGUCCGUCGGCCGCCGCCGCUGGAACCGCGGGGACGGGGUCCGGAGCGACAAGCGCCGGUGGCGGCGCAGGAUCUACCGCUGGUGCGGCUGCUGCCGUGGGGCCAGCCGGAGUAGUGGGCACGGGAGACGGACUCCCUUUCCGACGGGGAAUCAGGCUGCUGGAAACCGGCUGUGUGGAAAAUGUUUUGCAAGUCGGGUUUCAUCUGAGCGGCACUGUGACCGAGACGGCCACAGCCUCGGAACCAGAGGUGACCCACAAGGUGGCAAUCAGCUUUGAUCGAUGUAAGAUCACCUCGGUCACCUGUGGCUGUGGGAACCGAGACAUUUUCUACUGCGCGCAUGUGGUGGCGCUCUCGCUCUACAGGAUCCGCAAGCCUGAGCAGGUGAAGCUCCGGUUGCCCAUAUCAGAAACUCUGUUCCAGAUGAACAGAGAUCAGCUGCAGAAGCUGGUCCAGUAUCUGAUCACUGCCCACCACACUGAGGUUCUGCCCACGGCUCAGAAAUUGGCCGAUGAGAUCCUCUCCUCCAACUCCGAGAUCAACCAGGUUCACGGUGCUCCAGACCCGACUGCAGGCGCCAGCAUUGACGAUGAUAACUGCUGGCAUCUGGACGAGGAUCAAGUCAGGGAGCAGGUCAAACAGUUUUUGUCACAGGGAGGAUACUACGGCUCCGGAAAGCAGCUCAACUCCAUGUUUGCAAAGGUACGGGAGAUGCUCCGAAUGCGGGACUCCAACGGCGCUCGAAUGCUUACGUUGAUAACGGAGCAAUUCAUGGCGGACCCUCGACUGUCACUGUGGAGACAGCAAGGCACAGGGAUGACAGACAAGUGCCGGCAGCUCUGGGAUGAACUGGGUGCGCUGUGGGUGUGCGUGGUGCUGAAUCCGCACUGCAAAAGCGAGGAAAAGAGCGGCUGGCUGAAGCAGCUGAAGAAGUGGGGAGACAUGGACGUCUGCCCGCUGGAGGACGGAAACUACGGCAGCGAGCUUCCGAACAUCACCAAUGCCCUGCCGCAGAGCAACCUCGCUCAAGACUCUCUGUCCAGACCGAGGCGGACGGUGUUCAGCCGCGCCGUUGAGGCGUGUGACCUCCACUGGCAGGACAGCCACCUGCAGAGGAUCAUCAGCAGCGACUACUACAUGUCUCCGUCGUACCAGAGGGAAGGGGAGAGCUUGCUGUUCAACCCACAAGGGCUGCCGCUCUGGCUAGACCACGUCCCGACGGCGUGCGCCCGCGUCGACGCCCUGCGGUCGCACGGCUACACGAGGGAAGCGCUGCGGUUGGCCGUUGCCAUCAUCAACACGCUUCGCCUCCAGCAGCAGAGGCAGAUGGACAUCUACAAGCACCAAAAGAAAGAGCUUCUCCAGAGAAAUGUUACCUCCACCACCAACCUGGAAGGCUGGGUGGGUCAUCCAUUAGACCCAAUCGGUUGUCUAUUCAUCACCCUCACAGAAACGUGCCGCAUGGAUGAUGAUAACUCUAUGGACACUGGAGAAGGCGAUCCCAGACCUCCGGUCUACCACCAUGUGCCGGUGUGGGGGUGUCCGGUUGCGGGGGAGUCCUACCUGACUCUGGCCUUGGAAGUGGCCCUGAUGGGCAUGGGCCAGCAGAGGAUCAUGCCAGAGGGAUUGUAUGCCCAGGACAAGGUGUGUCGUAACGAAGAGCAGAUCGUCUCCAAGCUGCAGGAGCUGGAGCUGGACGACCUGCUGGUCCAGACGCUGCGGAAGCAGGCCGUGCAGCUGCUGGAGGCCGGUCCGUUCAGCGGCCUCGGAGAAGUCAUCCACAGAGAAAGCGUUCCCAUGCACACCUUCGCCAAGUACCUCUUCUCGGCUCUGCUGCCGCACGACGCAGACCUGGCUUACAAGGUGGCUCUCCGUGCCAUGAGGCUUCCUGUCCUGGAGUCGUCGGCAGGCUCCGGGGACGUGGGCCACCCUCACCACGGCAUCUCCAUCGUUCCCAGCAGAUACCCGCGCUGGUUCACUCUCGGCCACCUGGAGUCGCAGCAGUGUGAGCUAGCCUCCACCAUGCUAACUGCUGCUAAAGGGGACAUGUUGAGGUUGCGGACGGUGCUGGAAGCCAUUCAGAAAAACAUCCACUCUUCUUCCCUCAUCUUCAAACUGGCCCAGGACGCCUUCAAGAUCGCCACGCCCGCAGACAGUCCGCCGGAUAUCACCCUGCUCAACGUGGCGUUGGAGUUGGGGCUGCAGGUGAUGAGAAUGACACUGUCCACUUUGAACUGGAGAAGGAGAGAGAUGGUCCGCUGGCUGGUAACAUGCGCCACUGAAGUCGGUCUGCGGGCAUUGGUGAGCAUCUUGCAGAGCUGGUACACUCUGUUCACGCCAACAGAGGCCACCAGCAUCGUGGCGGCCACCGUCAUGUCCCACAACACCAUUCUGCGCCUCAGCCUGGACUACCCGCAGCGGGAGGAGCUGGCCAGCUGCGCGAGGACGCUGGCGCUGCAGUGCGCCAUGAAAGACCCUCAGAACUGCGCCCUGUCGGCUCUGACGCUCUGCGAGAAGGACCACAUCGCCUUCGAGACGGCCUACCAGAUUGUGAUCGACGCCGCCUCCACGGGCAUGACGUACUCGCAGCUGUUCACCAUCGCGCGCUACAUGGAGCACCGAGGGUAUCCGCUCCGGUCGUUCAAGCUGGCGUCUCUCGCCAUGACUCACCUCAACCUGGCCUACAACCAGGACACGCACCCGGCCAUUAACGACGUGCUCUGGGCCUGCGCGCUCAGCCACUCCUUGGGGAAAAACGAACUGGCGGCCAUCAUCCCGCUGGUGGUGAAGAGCGUGCACUGUGCCACGGUGCUGUCCGACAUCUUGCGGCGGUGCACCAUGACGGCGCCGGGACUGGCUGGCAUCCCCGGGCGAAGGAACUCUGGGAAGCUCAUGUCAACGGACAAGGCGCCGCUACGACAGCUUCUGGACGCCACCAUCUCGGCGUACAUCAACACCACGCACUCUCGACUGACGCACAUCAGUCCGCGGCACUACGGGGAGUUCAUAGAGUUCCUCAGCAAAGCACGGGAAACUUUCCUUUUGGCACAGGACGGCCAUAUUCAGUUCGCCCAGUUUAUAGACAACCUGAAACAGAUCUACAAGGGCAAAAAGAAACUGAUGAUGUUGGUCAGGGAGCGCUUCGGCUGACCUUAACCCUGCCUCAGAGACCUUCUUUUUGGGAAGUAGUUGAACUUAUUGGUUUAUUUAAGUUUUUUUUUUAAUAAUUGUUUUGUUUUUGGAUUUUUACUUCUGUAUGUUGAGCCAUCUCUUGACCAAGUCUUACGUUUUCGUUGUGUCUCGUUUCUUGAAUGUGAACCAAAAAGUGUUCGCUGGAUUCGCUCUACGUUAACCGUUGCUUCAAAAGACAGGACAGAAGUAACGAGGAAUCAAACUCAACCAAUUAAUAUAUUUUCUUUUACAUGAUCAGAACUUUAAAAGAAUGUUAAUUAUAAGAGCAAAAGAAAUGUUAAUUUCCUGGUGGCUUGCGGCCAUUUUGGAUUGGGUGUGUGUAGCCUUUGUAAAGGUUCAGAAGAUUUGGCUUCUCAAAGUGAAGGGAACGUCAUAAAGAACACACAGCGGUUGAAAACGUACAGUGUUAAGGUCAUACCUCGACUGUCGGCUUUAACUCCUCUGUUAGGAAUCGCCUCUCGUUUCAUUCAGGGCUUCUUAGAGCGGAGAGGGCGGCUAACACGGCUACCUGUUCUCACCAGUCGAACAUGUAAAUGCCUUCACCUGCUGCAUGGUGAGGGUGACGCUUUACAGAGUGCAUGUCUUGAGGGUGACGUUCCGGCUGCUUUCGUUCCCAGUUUAGCCUUCACGUGUACAUCGGUAUAUUCUUGUAUACACUGUAUGCUUCGCGUCGUCCUGUUAGCGACAUAAGAUGCCAUGUUUGAUGAGGUGAACGCGUCCCUCGUGUCCCCGGAUGCCACUUGACUGCUAGCUCUGCUGCUUGUGGCCAAAGCUUUGAAAAGCGUAAAGCGUCACUGCUAACAUCGACGUUCAGUCAGCGGUUUAAUUCAGGUAUAUCUUUUAGUUUCAUCACUUUGGCGUCAUUAAGCUGGCGAUCCUUGUGUUUUGUUGCGAAACGUUUGACGAUUUUGGACCUGGAACUUGGUCGUGAAUCAGUUUUGUCACCCGAAUCCCUUUUCCAUCACAAGAACAUUGGCUGAAACUGAGAAUUUUGCCCACUUGUGUUGUUUACCCGCAGCCGCUGGGCGAAUUUAGAAAAUUUGCUUCCACGAUGAGCUGCUUAAGUAGUGAUACAGUUUUCACUGUAGCUUCAUUAAUGUGGCUGAAAACAGCAAAAUCUUCAAACACUCUAUUGUUUAAGAAGUCAACUAAAUUUUCUGUUCUUGACUGGUUGGUUUUGUUUGUUUUUUUGUUUUUUUACAGUGUUUAGAGCCACCCUCUGAGGGAUCGUUGUAUUGUCGCUGUCGCCAUGCUUAGGUAUUAGUCACACAGACGAGUGAGGAAAUUUACAUCACCUGGGUUUGUUGUCAGACUUGCAGUCUGAUAUCUUAUUACUGUUAGCAUCUUUUUAUCGCUAAUAGUAGCAUUUAGCUAAAUCCUUUUCCUCUCGUUAGCCCUCCUACAUUAACCACUUGAAAUAAUUGUUUGCCAGAUGACAAGAUUAACAAAAUUGUUUUAAUCAGUUAUUGUGUAAUUACAGUAAUGUAAAUAUAUAUAACCCUUAAAUUUAUUGUGCACUUAAAAAGUGUCUAUUGCUCCCCGUUUUCCCGCCAAAAUGAAUCAUUUGCUACUUGACAAAAUUGAGUUUUUUAAAAUUUAUUUUACUUUUGGUUUUUCAAAAGAUUUUUUUAAGUACAAAAAAGUGAACAUCUGAAAGUGUUAAGAUUCCUCCAAGAUCAUUUUUUUAAAGAAAAGAAAUUAGCAUAUUUUUGCUACGUGGACAUUAGCUACUGUCCAUUAUACGACCCUGCAGUGUUAGAACUUCAUUUUUGAAAAUUGACCAAAAAGAAAAAAAAGGCAUGAAUUAAAUCUGCCUUUUGGUAGACGGCCAUUACAGCAUAUAUAUACGCAAACAAAAAAAAAUCCCCGACCUCAUGUUUUGACACAUUUCACGUCCGUGUUUGUUUAAAAUAAAGCACGGAAAGAUGGCUGCGUAAAAUUAUUAGGGCUAAAAAUAAAAAUAAAAACAUAAAAUUUGUUCAUUUUUUUUUGUUGUUGUUCUUGUGAUGGAAAAACCUGUGACCCUUCCUGUGAAUACUACUGGUUUGUAUCAUUCUUUACUGUGAAGACGAGUGGCCUUUUCCGCCAAAGGUCUCAGAGAUGCACAGUGAGCCGCACCAAAGUUGCUGCAUUUUGUCGCAACUUGACGCGUUCGUUGUCAGCACCGGAGACCUGCGUGGCUCGGCACGGGAGGCUGCCUUCCUUCUGCACGGUCCGCCGUCUCGCCCGGUGGCAAAACGUCGUUUCCAACGGCGGUCCAAACAAGAGCUUCGGUCUUUAACUGAUCAGACUAUAUGUACAAGCACUUCACACAGUUACCUCUUCAGUACGUUCCUGCCUGCUUCAGCAUUUAUUUAUUGAUUGUUUUGUGACUUUCUUUCUUUUAUUAUUAUUAUUAUUAUUUUAAAUGUUUUCUAAUCACUGAGUUUGAAAUGGCGGACACACAGAAUGAGAACCAGACUGUAUUUAAAUAAAAGAGGCGACCCGAGUUGAAGGUUUCUGGAACAGAGGGACAUUCUUUUUCUUUUUUCUUUUUUUUUUUUUACCCUAUCUGCUUCGACAUUCCACGAGAGCAAACUUUUACGAACUGCACCCGGGUAAGUCGGUCGUGAUAACUGCGCCUGUUUCAGAUCAGGAGAAAUGCAGAUAGACGAACGGGGGAGGGAGGGAGAGAAAGAAAAGGCUAAACUCAGUUCUCAGGGACAUCACUUAAAGAAACAAACAAAAAGUAGUAGCAUUAAGCAUUUAAGAUAUUGUAAAUAAUAAAGUGUCAAUUGAGAAAAUUGUAAAGUUCUAAUUAUUUAUAAUGAGUAUGUUAUGUGGGUUAUUUUUUUUCUGUUUAUUUUCGGCGGGGUGUACUUGAACUGUUCUGCGUGGGGGGAGGGGGAAUUUGACGCGGUUUCUUUUGUAAGAGCAAAGAUUUCAAGGCAUUUCUCAGGUGCUCCUGUGUACUUUUUUUUUUUUUGCUAAAAAAAAUUUCAUUUUUAUUCAGCUUGCAAUGACAAAAAAAGAAAAAAAAUCUGUUUUCCAAGAAGAAAGCAAGUUUUUUUUUGUUGUUGUUGUUGGGAACGAGUGAGGGAGGCAUACAUUUGUAAACCGAUUUGUACUAAACCUGACUAUGCAGAACCACUUUGAGGGUCUCGUCCGCGAGUGUCGCUGAGGAAGCGCGGAGGGCGAGACCUGGUGGGCCGAACCACUAUCAGAAAGAAGAAGGAGGAGGGAGGGAAGAGGAAGAGUGCUCGCGUUGGGUCGACGUUGCAUCUGCUGCAACUUCUUGAGCUUGAGCCGAAGGAGGGGGAAAAAAAAGCGAUGGUAGAAAAUGCCUUUCUGACCGAUCAAUGUACAAAGUUGUUUUUAUUUUGUGCGUCUUUGUUUCUUUUUACUUUAUUUCUGUCCUUUAUUACCAAGACCGAGGCCUUCGGUGUCUUCUUGCGUGGUUACUCUGCAGUGAGUAACACAAACGGUUGUGUUGGCAACAGUUAGCCGAUGGCCUGUUUCAUUCAGAAAAUCAUCACAAACAGAGAAGAAAUACAUUUUCUUCUCAGAGUUCACUUUUUUUUUUCUUUUACGUUACCACUGUUUACUCGUUCUUGUCCCCACGCGGUUGGACGUCUCUUCCGUCGAUGGAGGAUGGGAAGCUGCCUCCGUCGUCCUGCAGCACACACACUCACGCUCACACACUCACACACACUCACGGCCAGCUUAUGCAAAAACAAAAGAUGCAAGGCUUCGACAUCGUGACAGAUUUUCAAAAAAGGUCCACAGGUGACGGCGCUUCGCCAAACGCGUGACCCGGAACGAACUGUUGAGGGUUCUGUUUAAGUUUUACCCGCCUCCCCUCAUCUUUUCUUUUGUUUGUAGGAGAUUACUGUUUGCUAGUAGAGGCAUAGUUCACCUCCCCGUUAUGUUUUCGUUUCAGAUCCAUUUUUAACUUAAGGGAUAAUUGAAAGUGUUUGUUGCCUCUUUGUGCUACUGAUUUUUUUUUUUUUGAAAAGGUAUUUUCCAGUAUUUGUUGCCACAGAAGUAUCAUAGCUUAUCAUCACUUUUUUUUUGUACCUUUUUUUUUUGUGCGACUUCUUGAGCUACUGUCUAUAAAGCAAGAUUUUAUUACUAUUUAUGUAACGCUACUACCAUUUUAUAUUGAUUUGUGUUGAGAUCUCAGUGCUUUUCUAUGAAUAAAGUGUGAAACACA